AUGAUUCUGCCGCGGGAGCACGAGACACCCUUUAACAAGGCCCCGGUGAUACGGGCCAUGGCAGCGUUGCUCAUGGUUAUCACGAUUCUGUCCGCGAUGACCCGACUCAUAACAAGAGUGGUGACCAUCAGGAGACUCAAGGUGGAUGAUUACCUUGUUGCUGCAUCAACAACUAUGGUUGUUGCUCAGUCGGCUGCUGUUAUCGCCCAGGGCGCUAAUGGACUGGGCAAACUGGAGGGCGUGUCCGCGAGUCAGAUCUCUUCCAUAUUAAAGGCCUCAUAUGCUUCCGACGUUCUCUUCAUUGCCGCAUUGCUGCUGGCCAAGAUCUCCGCAACGAGGGCCAUCUGGGACAUGGCGCCACGAGAAAAGAGGCGUUUGAUCUUGGUUACCGAAGCGCUGACUGGCUGCUGGGCACUGUCCUCCAUUGUGGCGUCAAUGUUCAAGUGCUCCCUUCCGGAGCCUUGGGACUACAUCAACGGCCAGUGUUUCAAUCAGUUCGCAUUGUGGAUGUACGUGGAUUGCCUCAACAUUGUCACGGACCUCGCCAUUACUGCCAUCCUCUUUGAGAUGUUUAUGAAACUGAAGACAUCGGCAUCGAAGAAGGCCUUGGUGAUGAGCGUCUUUGGGAGCCGUGUUUUUAUCAUACCUCCUGUCAUGUGUCACAUGUACUUCUUCAAACGCGCGAUCGACUCGAAGCAUCCCAUAUUCGACAUGUGGCAGCCAACAAUUAUAAUACAGGUUAUCCAGUGCAUGAGCGUCAUGGCAACAUGCAUCCCGUAUCUCAAGCCUUUCAUGGACAGCCUGCAAUCUGGACAGAUGAACGCCAGCGAAAUCACCGGAACCAGGACUGCAGGCAGCUACGGAAGAAGCAGGAGUGGCUACACCUCUCAAGGGAGUGGUCUUCGCGGGAACACCGCUAUCGGGCUUACAUCUGUCACCGCAAUGGCCACCAAAGCUUCCCAUAGGAGGCAAAAGUACGAAAUGAUUGACAUGGAUAAGUCUGCGGACCGGGGGAACAAGAAAAAGGCUGCUGGUACUCCCGCAACUGCCGGCGGUUCGUGGGAUGGCCAGAGCCACAAUAGCCAGACGGUGCUUGUUGAGCAGACCUGGAGAGUGGACGUUGAAGCGAAGGCCCCUACUCCUGGAGCUACUUGA